AUGAUAUUCUUCAUACUAUCCCUUUGUGAGAGUUUGAGGACAUUGUUCACUAAAGACACGGAGAAGACGACUCGUACUCCUCCCUCGUGGAAUUUUAAUAAAAUACAUAAGAAUCGGAAAUACAAUAUUUCUUCUUCGGCUCCUGUUUUCACAUUUUGGUUACUUUUAUCGAUUGGAAAUGCAUUUAAUUUUGUUUCAAUAAUUCGGAACAUUAUUACUUCAAAAACAAAUUUCUCAAUCAAUUUAUUUGAAAUAACGGCGACAAUGCUUUCGUACCCAAUAAUUGUCGUGCAAUUAAUUCUCUCGUGUCUAUCAAACUCGACAUUCAAAUUAACAAAUAAGAAAUGUCCCAAAAAAUAUAUGUCAUUCUUAUCUCAAAUCACAUUCAAUUGGUUUAAUGAACUCAUAUCUAAGGGAUACCGAAACCCAUUGACAUUUAAUGAUAUGUGGCAUUUGGAUAGUCACAACACCACUGAUUAUAUAUACAAAAAAUUUAAUAAUAUUUGGUCACAAUUAAUAGAUAGGAAAAUGGAAUCACAAAAUAAUGACCAAAACAUAUAUUACAUCAAGAUUUUAAUUCCUAUAUUAAAGUGCUUUUGGAUGGAGUUAUUGACUGUAAGUGCAGUCAAACUAAUCGCUAUUUGUCUGGAAUUCAUGAGCCCUAUAGCACUCGAUAGACUCAUUUCAUUCAUGAGUCCCUCUAAUGCUGAGCCCCAGUGGAGGGGUUUAUUCUACGCCUCCCUUAUGUUUAUUCCCCUUCUGUUUGUGUCUCUAUUCAACAGUCAAUACGAAUAUCGGAUUAAUUUAGUGGCGAUGAGAAUCAGAGCUACUCUUAUAUCGACUAUUUAUCAAAAGGAAGAGUGCUUGUCAGGUAUAACCGAAUCACUACGGGCUUUAUAUAAUCGUAUUUGGUACAAUUAA